AUGGCUUUCGCAAGAUUCAUUGCCCAAAUAAUCAGGUUGAGAGCGCAUUUCCCUGAUUAUGCCAUAAAGAAAGUCAGGCUUGAUAAUGCUGGUGAAUUCACUUCAGCAGCCUUUAAUGACUUUUGUAUGUCUGUGGGAAUCGAUGUUGAACAUCCGGUUCCGCACGUUCAUACGCAAAAUGGCAUGGCUGAGUCAUUAAUAAAGCGGUUGCAGUUAAUUGCAAGACCGUUAAUCUUGAGAACAAAACUCCCAAUCACUGUAUGGGGACAUGCAAUAUUGCAUGCGGGAGCCUUGGUUCAAGUGAGACCAAGUGCUUAUAAUAAAUUUUCGCCCAUACAGUUGGCAUUUGGAAAUAUGCCAAAUAUAUCCCAUCUCCGGGUAUUCGGGUGUGCGGUCUAUAUCCCAAUAGCGCCACCACAGAGAUCAAAAAUGGGACCACAGAGGAGAUUGGGAAUAUAUGUCGGGUAUUCGUCCCCUAGUAUAAUAAGGUAUCUUGAACCGGCAACUGGUGAUAUGUUUACGGCACACCGAUUUGAUGAAAAUGAAUUCCCUGCGUUAGGGGGAGGGUCGAGAGAAUCACCAAAUGAUAUCACCAAAUGGUGUACACACUCUUUGGCUUAUCUUGAUCCUCCUUCUAAUCAACGCGAGGUGGAAGUUCAGAAAAUUAUACAUAUGCAAAGAUUGGCUAACCAGUUGCCAUGA